AUGAUUGAGAAAGGGAUUGAAAAUAAAACUGCCAGUAUCACAAUGCUUUUGGCUGUGAGCCCCGCAUGCCCACGAAAAUGCAGCUGUGACCUAGCACACUCGAGAGUGCAGUGCUUCAGAGUCGGAGAAAUACCUAAAGAGAUCACAUCUACUACCCACAGUAUUUACAUCACUCACAGCAAGAUCAAACAGCUCCAGAUUGCUGAUCUCUACAGAAUGCCUGCCCUUGAAGAAUUUGUCUUGGCCUGCAGUGGAACAGAAUCAGUAGAGACCAACACUUUCAAAACUUUGGAAGCCUUGAGGACCCUGGAACUCUGGAAAAAUAAACUUAGGCACAUACCUACCUCACUCCCAGCAAACCUUGAAGUAUUGAAACUUGGGGACAAUUUGAUAAGUGUUCUACAUGAAUCUGAUUUUGAAGGUUUAAAAAAAUUAAGGGUACUUGAUAUCCAAAGCAAUUUUAUUUUGGCUCUUUCUUUUCAUACUUUUUCAUCCCUUAGCAGUUUGCAGAGUUUGACAUUAGAUGGAAAUAAUAUGGAAUCUGUGUCUGGACCAUUUCAUCUUCCCAACCUAAAAUAUCUUAGCAUGGAGAAUAAUAAGCUGCAAUCUUUCUCAGUAAGCUUUUUCACACCUCUUCAGAAUUUGCUCUUUCUCAAUUUAAAUGGCAAUUUACUGACAAACAUUCCGUCAGAUCUGCCCAAAUUUUUACAGUCAUUGAAGAUAGAGAGAAACCAGCUAAAAAUGCUACGAUUUGGAGACAUGAAACAACUGGCAAACUUGUCAGAACUUUGCUUGUCUGAAAACCAGCUUUCAUCAGUUGAUGGUUUGCAGUUUCUUUCCAGCUUAACUAGGCUGGAGUUGGCCGGGAACAAACUCCAAAUAAUACCGCUCAGAUUACCAGCCACACUGCAGAAAAUUGAUUGCAGUAAUAACCUGAUUGAGAAAAUUAAAGCAGAAGAAUUUCAGCAUCUACAGGGUCUCAAGCAUUUGUUCCUGGACAACAAUAUUCUUGCUACAUUUGAAGAUGGGGCACUUCAGAAAUGCACACUACUGUCUAAUCUAGCACUUGAAAAAAAUCUGCUUAGUUCUAUUCCGUUAAGACUCCCACAAAUGCUGGCUAGACUGGAUCUGAAAGGAAACAGCAUACAAAGAAUUAAAGAACAAGAACUGACAAACCUAAGGCAUCUGCAGGUUUUAAAUCUACGGAACAACAAGCUAUCCACCCUAAAUUACAGCCUCUUGAAAUAUUUGCCUCGUCUCAGGUACCUGUAUCUGGAUGGCAACCCAUGGAAUUGCACUUGUGAUCUCCUCAGAACCAGAAGGGUGCUUCUAGCCAAAGGCACAGAUGUCAAAGGGGGACAGUGCACAUCACCAGCAGAAAGCCAGGGUGAAAGCUGGAUGUCUUCCAAAAGAAUCCUGCAUUUGUGCAUUCACAACAAUCUGUAUUCUGUUGAAGAGGGGAAAGAAAUGGGAAAGAAAGCAAAUAUUGAUGAUCCCUCCAAUCUGAGAGUAAAUAUGGAUGAUUAUUAUGACUAUGAAAUAGAUUAA